ACAACAUCCAUGGUCAUGUCGAAGGUUUGAUUCAAGAGAUAUGUCUCUAGCAGAUUUCUUGCCAUGAGCCACCCUGCUCGAGAUGAUCUGCUCAAGACGGAAUCUCUGCGUGACUUGCUACCCUGCCCAAGGCGACAAGCGAAUGUCUAUGAUGCCGCAGCUGGUCGUGUUUCUUCCUCUGGAUUCCGUCCUCGAAUACUUCUCAACCAGAACCUUGUGGCUUCUAUCUCAUCCGUUCCUGUUACACCGGAGGAAGUUCUUUUCCGCCGUGUGAAUGCGCCAGUGAGAUACGCAGAGAAUGACAUCUACUUCGCCAAUGAGCGUCUCGCACCUGACCAACGAUUACCGGAUUCCGAUAUUCUGAAAGCUAUUCACACUUACGCCUCCGAUUUCUAUGCAAAUGCGACUCUUGAUCAAGGGCAUGCAGAUUGGCAGAGUAUGGAUGAAACGGCACUGAUUGCAUUAGGGAUACUCCUUGAAGAAGCCGCCAAUGAAUCACUGGGCGAAACCGGUGAUAUGGUGUUUGUUGAAGGGGAGGAGAUAACUGAUCCUGAAGAACACUUUACUCAUCCUUCCUCCGCGAGCUGUGGUCGCAAGCGGAUUACUGUGGCAAGUCGUAGCGCAAUCAGGGGAGAAAAGUUCGCCAGGCCACGAAAAACUAGAACGAAAAGACGCCGCAGAGCUGAUUUGGACCGCUCCACGGAACCCGAAUAGAAACUGCUUGGUGGACCAUUCCAUAUGCCAGAAAGUACUCGGUAUUCUUGGUCACAAUUUUCGGGAUGGUCAACUUAAACUUUUCACGAUGGAGGGCUGAUCGAGGGCCUUAAUUUUGCGCUGUAAGCUACCAUUGCUAAAUGGAAUAUUCUUUGCCAUUUUUGCGUGGAUUUAAGCUAGCUGCCCCAUGGAUACUAAGUCCCACCUUUCGUGGACUGUGUCUCUGAUCGGUUUUCGUGAUGGCACCCUGGGUAUCGAUUCACUGCGUACACUGGGUCAUGUCUGGUAUAACUUCAAAAACCACCCGAGUUGUUGGAACCAGCUCAGCUUCUGCUCCCGUUCUUCUGCAGUUACAACAACUUGACAUCCUCACGGGUCGUUUGCUUAUGGUCUCCGCUACUUCCCGUGCCAUAUAAUUUUCGCCUCUCUCACCCAUCUCUCCAAUAUAACUCCAGUUAAAGGCUCCGACUAUAUUCAUAUAGUGACAAAACAUGAGGAUAACUUGGCUUAUUUCUACGACUACUGUGUGUUUGGGUGGAGUUUGAACCACAAUCGCCAAAUAGCAUACGACCAAACUACCCUUGCGAGACCGGGAGUUGCGAUUUUAGGUCCUCGACAUACCCGAAUCCCCGAUACUGUUGUGCAGUCAAUGGGUACCGGUGCCUUCAUCUCUUCAAAGAAUAUUCUGUAAAUUCAGAAUCUGCCACAACGGUUACAUAUGGCUCCCAUUCUUUAUGCUUUUGGGAACCAUUAUUAUUUCACUAAGAAGGGAAACGUCCGUUUUAUUUCGAGGAUGUGUUGGGGGUUCAGCUCCCAAGUUCUUGCGAGAAUAUUCCUUUCGAUAAAAUGUUCCGUCUCUAGCUUGAGUUGGUUACACCACGACGGUGCUUUUCACUUUUUGAUCAUUAUCUGUAUUUGCGUGUCGACUGUUUCAAAAGAACUAUGUUGCUAUUAGAGGUUCCCGACAUCGGGAUUGGUUAUAUUAUUUGUAGCAACCAAGUUACAGGAUGUUCUGUCGAGAGUUACUUCCUCCGUUUGCGUGCGUGCCUUUCUCUCGUCCUCAUCCUCAUAAUGCUUGUUCAAUUCCUGGUGACGCAAACAAGUUCUGGAUUUCCUCUCUCUUUUCUUCUUUUUUCGAUUCCAGCUUCCACCACAUAUAGUCUAAAACGGCUAUGCCCAUGUGUUUCUCGUGAUCUUCUUUCUAGGAAACUUAGAUACCCAUGAUGUCGUUUUCUUUUGCACCUGGGCGACGGCGAAUAUGGUACGAGUAUACGAGCUCAUGUUUGAAUAUCGAAAGGAGACCUUCCCCCUUUC